GCGAUCGACGGUCUGACCACCGAAUUGAAUAAUUGAAACGAGGGAAGCCAAGUUAGUAGCGCAAAAUCAAGUGCGGGCAUUUGCCAUCUUAAAUUUUGUUUGAAUCCUCUUUCUUUUCCCUCCUUACCGCCCCCACCAAACAAGCUGAAACUGCUAGGCGCGCUGGUUUUCCGCUCUCAAUUGAAACUUAAAACCCCAAAUCCAAAAAAUAGAGAAACCUUCGAAUGAAAUGAGCGAAACACACAAAUUCCUCUUCCCUCCAAGAAAGAACGAAACUCAAAUCUCUUACCCAAAAUUCGAAGAACCUUCAAAACUUGAAAAUCUCCCCUCCAAAUCUGCCACCCCCUCCCUUAUACAUAUACGAAAUGCUGCCUUCUCUCCAUUCUCACCUUCAGCUACAGAUCCCUCUCUUCGAUCCCCUUUCCCCGAUUCGACCCUCAUUUCUCCUAGCUGCUGCAAUGGCGAUUUGCUAUCUGGGCGAGAGCGAUAGCAACAAGGAGAACCUCCCACCAAACCCACAGCUCUCCAGAUCCCCACUGUGUAAAGCCAAGCAGCAACGCCCGGUCAGAAGGCCGCUUGAAGACAUCUCUCAUCUCUUCUCUCUGUCUACUCAACUCGGCCUAGACCGUCCCAGGAGGAUCCCUUCACCUUCGCCUUUAGCUCCCUCCGCUGCGGGCAAGCUGAAAUGCAUGAAGAGGAAAGCCGGUAGCUGUGUCAAUUCAGUUUCGAAGAAGACUACUGUCAAGUAUAAGAGCAUAGUUUUCAGAUAGAUUGUAUAAACAAUUAGCAGUAACAAACAGGGUUCUAAUCUCUCUCUCUCUUACUGUCUCAAUUCUUUAGCCUAUUGGGUUUUGCUUUCUCCCCCCUCUUUCUGUUGUCUAAAUAUUGAGAUUGGGUAGGUCCCGGAAAUCGUUUCGAUUAUAUUACAGUAUCCCUUUGGCAGAAAGAAAGCAAUGGAGGGAGAAGCAAAAUUUGCCAGCCCCAGUUCCCAUUUCUCUCUUGGCCUGAAAUUGUAGUGAGUGGUGACGAACAACAGCAUGGAUUAUGCUAACGACUAGCAAAGUGGAUCUUUUUUCUCUCUAAAGUUUAGUAGCACUAGAGAACACCUACAUUUAACAACCAAUUGAAGUACCCUCCUCAAAGAUAAUGUCAAAUAGCCUUACCUUUCUCUCUUCCUUUUUGUGGCUGAGCUGCCUCCCUUUCUCAUCGAAAAAACAGUGUCUGUUUUGUGAUAGAGACUGACAUGUAUGCCCGACCGAGGUUACCUAUGUGAGUCGGUGAUUCGACUUCCAAGUACGCAUACAGCUCUGCCGGUGGUCAUCAAGAACCACAAUUUGAGUUUAGUUCUUACAAUUAGAAUGUGAAAGGAAUAAGGAAUUAGCUUCAUUUCCUACCUCCUAGGCAGUGUUCAAGAUCAAGGGCAGAUGGCCGCCACUGGAAUUACUUUUUGAAGCGUACAGUCUCACUUUGCUGCUUUCUUAAUCAUCCUUCUCACUAAUCUAACCUCAUAUUGGUUUUCCACCAUUGCUUAGGGUGACCUUUGCUCCAUUACAUUAACAAAAUGCUUAAAGAGCC